AUGCUUAACACAAAGGAUUACAAUGCUUUGAGCCUAGCUCAGCCCACGAAUUUCAAGGCUAUGCUAAACUCCGGCGAGCUACUCUGGGGAACUGGAUGUCGAAUCCCCCAUCCAGAAGCGGCGCGCGUUGUUGCUGCGACUCCGUAUCAUUUCUGUUUCUUAGACGCAGAACACGCACCUCUCAACGCAACACUCCUCGUCAGUCUAAUUCGAACGAUCCAAUACCACUCCAAUGGCUCAAUGGUACCAUUUGUCAGGAUCCCAGGAUGCUCACCCGAGCUAUUCAAUUAUGCUCUGGGCGCUGGUGCAGGCGGGGUAGUUAUGCCUCACGUCCAGAAUGCAAAACAGGCUGAGGAGCUGGUUCGACUGUGCCGGUUUCCACCACUGGGGGACCGUAGCUUUCCCCCUGCAGCUCUGGUCGGCGAGCAGCAGAACCGAACGCCAGAGGGCAAGACGACGUACGACGUGUGGGAUGAGCAUGCCGCGGUGAUUUGCCAAAUUGAGGAUUUAGAGGGGCUGGAAAAUGUUGAAGAGAUUUGUCGAGUCCCAGGUGUUGACGGUCUGUUCAUCGGUACAGGUGAUCUACGUAUGUGUCUGAACUUAGCGCACGGGUCGGUCGAUGGCAAUGAGCCUGUGUUCCUCUCCGCGCUUUGCAAGAUCCGAGAUGCGGCAAAGGCCAACAACCUUCCCAUCAUGGGAUUCGGCAUCUCGCCUGCCGGGGUGGAGUUUAGGCGGGAGAUGGGCUGGAAUGCGUUCAUUAUCCAUGGGGACAUUGAUGCUAUCUGUACAUCAGCUGUCCAGUCUCUGCAGACGUACACUGAUGCAACCAGUGGAGCUGGAUCCAAUGGGUGUCGAUCAUGCGCGGAAGAAGAAUGA